AACUGGACGGUUGAGAUGCAUUUAAGAGUCUGGGUGGCUUCAAACCUUUCCCACGGCGGUCCAACUUCGCUGGUCUUGGCCGUCAAUUGCAGCGUCGCGUCGGUUUCUCGCCUCCUUCACCUCGGCAUCUUUAUUUGUCGACCUCACCCCUUUCUCCUCUUCGUCCUCUCUCUCUCUCUCUCUCUCUCUCUCUCUGCUAUUUUUUGGGUUCGGUGGAACAUCAAGCGAGAAGCAAGUGAGAAAUCGCCUUCGGUUGCAGGCCCUUCGACAGAGAUCUCGAGUUACACCUCAGCUACCGGCGUAGCGCCUUCAGUGUCCGCCAUGAAUCCGGAGUAUGACUAUCUGUUCAAACUUUUGCUUAUUGGAGAUUCAGGUGUUGGAAAAUCAUGUUUGCUCCUAAGAUUUGCGGAUGACUCCUACUUGGAAAGUUAUAUCAGCACUAUCGGAGUUGACUUUAAAAUACGCACAGUUGACCAGGAUGGGAAGACCAUUAAGCUUCAAAUUUGGGAUACUGCCGGGCAAGAGCGCUUCAGAACAAUUACAAGCAGCUAUUAUAGAGGUGCUCAUGGCAUCAUUGUAGUGUAUGAUGUAACCGACCAAGAGAGCUUUAAUAAUGUGAAAACUUGGCUAAAUGAGAUCGACCGAUAUGCGAGUGAUAACGUGAACAAGCUUCUUGUGGGCAACAAGAGUGAUCUUACUGCAAACAGAGCUGUAUCAUACGAGACAGCCAAGGUGUUUGCCGAUGAGAUUGGUAUCCCUUUCAUUGAAACCAGUGCAAAAGACGCUACCAAUGUGGAACAGGCGUUCAUGGCCAUGACUGCUGCCAUAAAGAAUAGGAUGGCCAGCCAACCAGCUAUCAACAACGCGAGGCUAACCACCGUACAAAUCCGCGGUCAACCAGUGACACAGAAUAGCAGCUGCUGCUCUUGAGCACUUUACGAUUGCAUGUAAAAACUACUUGCUAUUCUGAUAGGAUGCCCCAUGUUUACGUUCUUUUGAAAUUUCAGGCAUUGAUUCAUAUCUUACUAGUUAUUUAGUUGUACAAAUUGAAUAUUUCUGUUGUAAUUUUUCUGUUAGACGGCUAUGGAAUGGAAACGGAUACAGACGUUAGCUCAAA